UUAAUUAUUUACCAGUAAUUAUCAUGGUACAUGUACUUUUUAAAAAAAAUUCAAAUUCAUUCCUUGGAACAAAUUGUAACUCUAUGUCUUCUCUAUUCAUUACUCGAACUCUAAAGUGACUUAAAUUUGCUAGGCCUCUGAUGACCGUGGCGGCUAUAGUCAGCGGUAUCAGGUUAAGUGAUAAGAGCCUGUUCAAGUGACCUAAUUUUUGUCCCGGAUCUUAUGUCAUUGUGCGUUUGUAUACAGGGCCAUUAUUUAUAUCAGCUCAUGUCGUUCUGAUAAGUGGAUCACAAUAAACAGCAAUGUUUUUUGUCCUUCUCCCAUGCCUGGCUAUCACUGGAUACUACAUAAUCAACUGGUUGAUACACCAUCCGAAAAUAGACCAGUACACCAAACGAUACGUUCUCAUUACCGGAUGUGAUACAGGAUUCGGAAAUCUUCUUGCAAAGAGGCUGGAUGGUCUCGGCUUCCAUAUUUUCGCCGGCUGUUUGACCAAGGCUGGGGAACAGGAGCUGGAUUACAGCACUUCUGAUAAUCUCAAAACUCUGGCACUUGAUGUGGCGAAACUUGAAAGUAUCCAAAAUGCAUAUGACUUCGUCUUAGCGAAUAUUCCAAAUGAUUGUGGUCUAUGGGGUUUGGUAAACAAUGCUGGCAUGAGUUGCCCGCUUGGCCCAGCAGAAUGGCUUCGAGUCGAGCAAUACCAGGAAGUUCUCUCAGUAAACUUGUUUGGGAUGGUUGAAAUGACAAGGGUAUUCUUCCCACUUCUCAAGAAAGCAGGAGUGGCUCGAAUCGUCAAUAUGUCAAGCACACUUGGAUUACUCUCCAUCAGUGGUAUCGGGCCUUACUGCAUCUCGAAGCACGGUGUGGAGGCAUACUCGGAUUGCUUAAGACGCCAGCUGUACAAGACUAACAUCAAAGUAUCCAUGAUUGAGCCAUCUGGUUUUCGGACAAAUAUUGUCGACAAGGAAAACGAGUCACUUAGAGGGUCAUAUUCGACCGAGCCGGAAAUGACAGCAGGUGCCGCGGGGACGAGUUACAUCAACAAAGAGGUCAUGAACGAGAUGCAUUCGAGAAUAUCGCCCAACCUUAGCCUCGUUGUGGAUGCGUAUGAGCACGCGCUGACAGCAAAGGUUCCCAAGUCUCGUUACCUCGUUGGAGAUCUGUCAAAUGAUGUGUACUUUGUAAAGCUAUUUGCCUUUGUCGUUCCCACAUGGAUUGCAGAUGCCAUUCUUCCCUGUCCUUUUUAUACUUCGAAGUAGGCUACUGUUUUUUGCUCGGGAUGUUAACUUGUGUGCACGGUUUGGACCUGACUCAUCAGUGACUGGCUGUAAUUCAAACCGCUGUUCAAGCUGUGUCCCAUAAACAGUACAAUACCAUGGCAUGAGAAAAGAUUUGGUGAAAAAAAACACACACAUAUACCAGUGCCAGCUGAUCACACAUACAUGUAUCAUGCACCAGGCUCGCGAACGUGACGGGCUUCCGGUUUCUUCAUUGAAUGCAUUGGACGGUCCCUUAGAACCCUUUGUAAGAUUGUUAUACUUUCAUACUAUCGUGUAUAUAAGAUCAGUAGUAUGAUUAAAGAGAACGACGGACCAAA